AAAAGAAUAGCCCGCGAAAUGUCUGGCGACAGAACAUAAACAGAGCAAAAAUAUAAAAAAGAAACAGAGAGAAAAAUAGAUAAGAGGCUUAAAAGCAUUCUACCGAUAAGAAAUCAAAAUGGGAUCCGAACUAAGCGGAGCCUGAAUUUGCUACUUUUGGUGGUUGUAGUCUCACAGAUAUAUACAUACAGAGAGAGCUAGCGAAAGAAAAAGAGAGAAAUGGGGGAAAUCCGAAUUUGCUGACUCUGAUUUCAUUUCCUUUCGUGGGAUUUCCCCCUUAACUUCUUCUCAGGUCCCUUUUGUUGACUGAAGGUUGUGUUCUUGGUCACUUUUUCUUGAAAUAAAUAUUUAUACUAGUUUGUGAUUAUUACUGUCAAAAUGGGUGGAUGCGUCUCAACAGCCAAUGCAAGGCCAAGAACACACAGGAAACACCACCACAAAUCUUCUAAACGCCGUGGGAAGAUUCCCACUGCUAUUUCUGAUGUACCUAUCAAAAGGUUUAGUGGCUCUGAUAUAGGAGAUUUUGCUGUUAGUGAGUUUGUUCAUCUUGAUUUCGAAAAGGGUGCUGCUACGACUUGCAGAAGAUCUGAAACUACUAACAAGAACUUCCAUGUGACUCAGCUUCAAUGGAAUCAUAGCCAAAUUGAUGCAAAAGGAAUAUGCCAACAGGAAGAAGUAUGGUUUGAUUCUGUGAGUAUUAUAGACUCAGAUUCUGACGAUGACUACAUUAGUGUCCAUGGAGGAGAUGGAUUUGGUUGUGUUGGGAAUGCCAUCGUGCCAUUGUGCCAAAGCACUGGCAUUGUGCCAUUGUGCCAAAGCACUCAAGUGGUUCAGUAUGGAAGUGCUUCGUGCUUCGUAGACACCGGGAGCAAGAAAUACGAGGGAUUUUAUGAAAGUUACCUGAAAAUCGAUGGAGGAGUUCCUAAUGGUGAGGAUAUUGCCACUAAGACAAAGAAAGUAUUAGAUGAUCCUUAUGGAAGCUUUAAAGGUCUUAAAGAACUCACUUAUGAUUCUGGGGAGAAAGUUCAAGAAAAUAGAAGAAAAUCAACUGUUAUAAUGGUAUCUGUGAAGAGGAAAUCCUGCGAUGGAGACGAAAAGACUCAAAUAUUUGGUGCAGGUCAUGGGAGAUUGUUGUAUCACCCAAGAGCAGGAUUUCAAAUUCCAGGUUCAAAAGUAGAGAAGCCACUUCCAGGAUGUUGGUCCGAGGUUUCACCUUCGGUUUUCAAACUCCGUGGCGAGAAUUAUUUCAGAGAUAAGCAAAAAAGCCCUGCUCCAGGUGUCAGCCCAUAUAUACCAAUUGGUGUUGAUUUAUUUGCAUGUCCAAGAAAGACACAUCAUAUUGCUCAACAUCUUGAACUUCCUUAUGUGCCCGCACAUGAGAAAAUUCCAUCACUUCUGAUCCUUAACAUACAGCUUCCUACUUAUCCUGUUGCCAUGUUUCAAGGUGAUUGCGAUGGAGAAGGCAUGAGCCUUGUAUUAUAUUUCAAAAUAAAUGAAAAUUUCAAUAAAGAGAUCUCUCCUCAUUUUCAAGAGACUAUCAAGAGAAUGGUUGAGGAUGAUAUGGAGAAGGUAAGAGGCUUUACAAAGGAGUCCACAGUUCCUUUCAGAGAAAGGCUAAAGAUUUUGGCAGGUCUGGUUAAUCCAGAAGACUUGCAGUUGAGUUCUGCAGAAAAGAAGCUUAUACACGCUUAUAAUGAUAAGCCGGUCCUCUCACGCCCUCAACACGAGUUCUUCAGGGGACCAAAUUACUUCGAGAUUGACCUUGAUAUCCAUCGGUUCAGCUACAUAUCUCGGAAAGGACUCGAAGCAUUCCGAGACCGAAUGAAGCAUGGAAUAGCUAAUGUGGGCUUAACCAUUCAGGCACAAAAACCAGAAGAACUACCAGAGCAAGUGCUAUGCUGCGUUCGCUUAAAUAAGAUCGAUUUUGUAAAUCACGGCCAAAUACCCACCAUUGUAACUACUAGGGAUGAUUGAGGCCUAUCUGCGCCAAAUAGUUCUGGCACAUACAUCAACCAACAGAUGUGUUUUGUAGUCAACCAGAAGAUAUCACCUGUACAGGUGGCAAAAAAUGGAAAUUUUUUCUGUCUCUGUUUUGAAUAUGAAAAUAUAUUCUUCUUAAUUUUAUUCAUAUAAGAUAAAUAUUCUUUUUUCUUUACACAAAUGGUGUAUCACAGUAGUGAAUUUUUCAAGAACAAUAGCUUAGAUUGUGAUUUACUGCACAAACUGUAUUAAAAGGGAGUAUAGGGAUCUGAUCAACUCUCUCCUGGAUCAUUUGAUAUUAGAGAAGCUAAUGAUAGCAAAAUGAGGUUUCUGGCAUUGAGAUUUGGUUGUGCAGUCGAAGAUUGGAUUCGAAAGAUAAACUUUCAUCUAAGCUUAAUGUAUUCUUUGCAUAAAUCAAUUCAAGUUUUGAUUACUGUUUAUAUAUACAUCAACAUUUUUCUUGA